UCCCCCACCCGACCGCAUCUCCCCGAUUGCUCUGUCUCGACCGCACGCUAGGUUAUCCCCGCCCGUCCCCAGCUCGACCGCGCCGCCGCCACCGCCCAUCCCCGGCUCCACCGCGCCGCCGCCGCCCGUCUCCACCUCCACCGCGCCGCCGCAGCUGGUCCCCGCCUCCACCGCGCCGCCGUCGGGACCCUUGUCCACUGCGCCCCCCACCCGUCCUCCUCCAAUGGCGCGACCGCCACCGGGCCGUCCUCCCCUGCCCUAGCGGCACGGCUGCCGUGGGCAGCACCGCCGCCGGCUCCCUCCUACGCAUCCACCGCCGCUGGUUACCACCGAAGCGGGGCAGCACCUCCCCCUCUGCCCCACCCCACGGGAUUUUCUCUUCACCUCGAGGAGCAUUGUCCGUCCCGCUGCCAUUGCCAUCAUUGUUCGACUACCGCCUCUACGGUCUCGGGGAUUUCUAUAGAUGCGAGGAUGGAAAGUUGGAGGAGGCACGAGCAGUUGUCAACAAACAUUGCCCGAAGCUUGUGCAUAAUCUGAUGCAUGAGGCGCGCCCUUUAGCCAUCCGCAAAUAUAUGGCAACUCAAGGCUAUAAGAGUCUUGAUAAGAAAGCUGGUAGGAGAUUCCGUCUUGAGAAGGACAAGUACAUGGAGGUUACUCCGAGAUGGUGCGUCGAUAAGGGGGAGUGUUGGGAGCGGAUCAUGGACUAUUGGUGUUCCAAAGAGUACAGGGUGAAAAACAAAGAUUAUAGAAAUCGGCGAGCCGCAAUGCUGGAUCCACCACAUCAUCAAGGCAACUUGAACGUUAUGGAGUUCAGUGAAUGUUGGGCGUCUCACCAUAAUGCUCCACUGCCCAACCUUUUCGUCUCGUAUGCUUUGGCCCAUAAGGCACCGUACAGAACAGCCACGCCUUACGAUGAGAAUGACACAGCGUCCGCGUACUCCAGCAAGACCGCCUACGAUCGGAUGGAGAAAUUUAAAGGGAUGGCAAAAGAGUUGAAAGAGCCCGAGUAUGAUGUGACAACAGAGCCUCUUUACCACGCGUUGGUCAUGAUCUCUGGAGAAGGCAGGAAACAUGGCAAGGAAGCAAUUGCAGGAGGCAUGUUCCCUAGUUCCUCCCGUAGCUCUCUCCCUGAAUACAAAGCUCGGUUAGGUAUCUCAAAAUCUUCUACAUGUAAACGCUCGACUCCAGCUAUGGUUGAGAUGGAGGCCCGACUGGCGGAGUUGAGGCGAGUGGCGGCGGAGGAGAGGGCGGAGGAGAGGCGACUGGCUGAUGAGAGGACGCAGCAAGCGGUGCAGCAGGCGGUGCAGCAGGCAGUGUUGGCACAAACUAGUCAAUGCUUUGCAAUGUUUGUGGCUUAUUGUACCCAGAAUGGUAUGCCCGCUAUGACGAUGCCUCAUCAAUCAGGCCAUGGAUCUAAUACUGAUGGAUCUUCACAUGCACGAGGCCCAAGCGACAACAACCUUGGUGGUUCUCCGAAUGUAUGAGAUCAAGUAUGGUUGGUGGUUCUUUUGUCUGUUUGGCAUAUUGAUGAUUUCAAGCAUGUUAUUUGUUCUUGUGCCAAAACGUGACAGUCACCAUUCAAUCUUGUAUGCUAUGGAACUUUGUCCUGGGACUAUAUGCUAUGGCACUUUGUUCAUUGUUGCUUA